AUGGCCACCAAGACUGUUCAAAGUGGGCCGAGUAUGGCGCGCCUAAAGUAUCAACAGCCAGCCGAAACCAAACAUGAAUUGGACUGGGCUGAAUUCAUUACCCUCGACCUUUCUCAGUUUGACGCGCCCGGGGGCAAGAAGAGGCUCGCAGCCCAACUCCGGGAUGCCGUCCACCAGAUCGGCUUCUUCUAUGUCAUCAACUACGGGAUCGAGCAGGAGGUGGUGGACGAGCAGUUCGCCAUCGGCAGGGAGGUCUUCAAGCUGCCCCUCGAGGAGAAGAUGAAGCACGUUGCCGACAUCGCCAACGGCAGCUACAAUGGCUACCGGCCUAAGGGGACCAGGGAGCAGUUCCCCGGACUCCGCGACAACGUCGAGUUCUACAACCUAUUCAAGCUGAACGGAAAGCUGGAGCGCUCCCACCCGGACGUCAUCGUGCGGAACCGGCCCAAGAUCGAGGCCUUUCAGCGGCACAUCGUCGAGGACGUGACCCGGAAGCUGCUCAUACUACUAGCCAUCGUGCUGGAGCUACCCAGGGAGGACCAGCUGCUUGAGGGUCACCAUUUCGAGGACGUCAGCGACUGCCAUCUCCGCUAUAUGCUCUACCACUCGCGCAGCGCCGAGGAGAAUGCAAAGUUCGGCAACGUCUACGCCGGCGGGCACACCGACUUCGGGACCAUCAGCCUCUUAUUCCGGCAGCCCAUUGCGGCCCUGCAGAUUAUGAUGCCUGACGGCAGCUGGAAGUGGGUCAAGCCGUACCCGGCGUCCAUCACGGUCAACAUCGCGGAUGCACUACAGUUCUGGUCCGCCGGGUACCUCAAGAGCAGCAUCCACCGCGUUGUCACCCCGCCCGAGGACCAGGCCCACCUCGACCGGCUGGGACUGCUGUACUUCGUGAGGCCGGCGGAGGACCUCGACCUGAAAACACUGGACAGCCCGCUACUGAAGCGUCCGGGGCUCAAGUGUGCCAAUGACGAGGCCGCAGGGAUCAAGGCGGGCGACUGGGUCAAGGCGAGGGUCAAGGAGGAUUUACAGAAGGCGGUCGAGGGCGGGCACAAGAAUGUUCCCGUUCUUGGUGGUGUCAGCGUCAAGUAUUACCAGUCGUGA